AUGCCCCGUCCAAGAAGACCAGGCGCGCCGGAACCGAAGCGCAGGAGUCGAAAUGGCUGUUGGCCCUGCAAAGCCCGCAAGGUCAAAUGCGGCGAAGAAAAGCCCUCGUGUUUAAAUUGUCGGCGGCAGAAUGACCGAUGCGAUUAUAGUAUCAAGCUGAACUGGGAGGGAAGGACCAGGCGAAAAUCUUCGGUAGAACCUCCGAGUCCUUUGUGCAACGGCUACUCGACGCAUAUUUUCUCGUCUGUAUCACCUCCGGCAUUUCAGCAGUCACUUCCUAGUGUCUCGGAGGAUACCUCGACAGGGGCGGCGGAAAAUAUUCUCUUCUGGGAGCACAAACUGUCGCACACCAAUCCAGGAACUCAUCACAACAGAAAGCUUAGUGGGAGUGAGAGACCUCCCUCAAGUGUCCCGCAAUUUGAGCAGGCUGCUUUUGCGGGUGUGGAGUCGUCAGUAGAGGUUAAUGACCUGUUACAGGUACAAGAUGUGGCCAUCCCAUGGGCAGAGAAUUCACCACAUUCGUCUAGCAUCGUAUCCACACUGAACAGCACACCAUCUCUUGUGAAUCCUAUUGAGGAUGGCUCGUACGCUUCUCCAGCAGAAACGGACUCUGCGUUCGAUAGGAGGUUCUUCAAUAGAUCCAUGCAGAAUUCGUCGUUUCCUUAUGCCCAGCAGACCGGUCCGGCAUCAAACUCGCAGUCUCCAUCGGGAGACAUAUAUUACCCUGGCAUACCUAUUGACUCUCUACUAGACAAGCCGGAAGACGAGGAGGAUCGCUCACUUGAUCUUUCCACCUCCGAGAAAAGAUGGCGGACGUACCUGAGAACGGUCACGGACAACUAUGGCCUCGACUGCGGUCGCCCAGAUCUGGAUUUGAACAAGAACGAUGAUCAUGCAGCCAUUGAUGUGAACCGCGCACUGCAACUGAUUCAUCCGCAGUGGCAUUCUCAGCGGGGUAUUGAGCCUGAAUUCAGUUUCGCCAAGGAGUUGAAGUCAAAGAAUCGCACGUAUUACGUCUCACCAGUGCCCGUGGAUAUACCGCGAUACCUAUCACCGUUGCCGAUGAAUUUGUUGAAGAAUCCGAUCAACUUGAUGUACUUUCAUCAUUUUCUCAACCAUACGGCCAAGAUGCUCGUUCCACAUGACUGCGAAGACAAUCCGUUUGUUUCAGUUCUACCAUCUAUGGCUGUUGCGGACUCCAACCUCUUGAACUUGACACUGGCUUACUCCGCAAGUCACCGUGCGCGAUACCUAGGACAUGCAGAGCCUGCAGAUCGCAUUGCUGACUGGGUUAGUGAUGUAUUUCCAGCUUUGCGCUUUGCCUUGGAUAAUCCACACACAAGCAUUACCGACUCUCACCUGGCCACGGCUGUUAUGCUUCUUUCCUUGAAGAUUAUCUCUCCCAGCACGUUCGAAGUCCCGAUUCCAUGGCAGAGUCACCUUAGCCUCGCCCGUGGUCUUUUCCAGGCACACGCUGAGCAUAUGGCUUACCCAAGGAACCGCAUAGGAGCAUUUCUAGCACGGUGGCUGGGGUAUAUUGACAUUAUGGGAACUUUGUCGUGCCGCGACGGUGGUCCGCCCUUGGAUAUGUACUACUCGGUUAUGAAUGCUUGCUCUACAGGAGGAGAACAUGACGAGUUUUCUGUUGACUGCUUUACUGGAUUCAGUCCUCGAACAGGCGCAUGUUUGAUCCGGCUAGGGAAGCUAGUCCAUCGGUGUGAUAACGAAUGCUUCGAUGAGGCGGGCAUGUUUCGUCUGAACUGGACAGCAUCUGUGGACAUGAUUCUGGAGGCCAAAUCUUUGGUCAUGGAAUUUGAGGCUUUGCGGACACAGGUUCACGUUAAUGGCAAACAUUAUCGAGGAUCUCCCACAGACCUACUGUCCAUGGAUCGAGCAUUUUGCUGUUCUGCGUUGUUGCACCUUCAUCGUCGGAUCUUGGGUAGCUCCCUGUUCUCCGCUGCCGUCGACGAAGCGCAAGAUGGUCUCCUGAAAGCCCUGGCGCAGAUUGAGCCUGGAGGGUCUACGGAGGUAGGGGCGUUGUUUCCGCUCUUCACUGCUGGAUGCGAAGUGCAAGACACCAAGCAACGGACAGAGAUCCUGGAGCGGUUUGUUAUACUGGAAACAACGGGAAUGAAACAGAUACAAAAUGCGCGCAGGUUGAUGCAGCGAUGCUGGGACGAAGAAUUGCCAUGGAUUGCCCUGGCGAAAGGAGAGUUCCUUGGAUAG